CGUCAUCUCAUGAUGAAUUUCUAUAAUACUGAUGACAUUCGAGGGGUGCUGUUAUCAUCAUGUCACGAACAUACGCAACACCUGCCGCGAGAAUCACCAUCUCCAUCCUCUUCUCCGUGUUGGGCACUCUGACAGUCAUACUUCGCUUCUAUGCGAGAAAGAGGUCGAAAUCCGUGCUUUGGACUGACGUGAAGAUUGAGAUUGAUGGGCUUUGCCCGCACUGGUGAGUGUUGCGUGUCUAAGAUGUUGCAAUCGAAGAAGAACUCUGAUCUACUCCGUGCAGCUUCUGGAGUAUACGCUUGCAGCACUUCUACUCUGGGGCGCAACAACAGGAUCCUGAGGGGGCCAUCUUCCCCAGCCUGCUGAUCCACGCCCAGAGGGUUAUCUCUUCUCGCCCUUUGAUCAACAGAUCCGACUACUGCAGGUUGAAUCCCACGCCGUUUGGCACAGAUCCGGAUACUAAAUGUGCCCCAGAU